AUGGCAAAACGGAACCCUUAUAGUUUCCUCAUGUCCGUGUGUCUGUCCGUAGAUACGGAUCCAUUGCUGAACGUAGAAGUACUAGAGGUGGUCAUAAAGAGGGAACCUCCAGAAGAAGCGAGUUCAAGCGUGGACUUGGCAGGUCAGGAGUAUCACGAGCAGCCCCCGUCGAGUUCGGGCGUUGCCAAGCAACGGCCCGGGGAACAUUUCCUGUUGGGCGUGGAUGGUGGAAGCACUAGUGCCUGCGAGCACUCAGAUGACACAACCACACCCGCGGCGCGAGAUCCAGAAACCCAUACGGCGAUAAAAUCGUACCCCUGCACAAUGUGUGAAAAAGAAUUCACAUUUCCAGGCUCUUUACAGAGGCAUAUAAGACUUCACACUGGCGAAACACCUUAUACGUGUGACGCGACAGUACUUUACGACCCCGAAGUAUUUACUGUCAAAUUGGAUCAUAUGCGUCAAACUCCAGAGGUUUACUACUAG